AUGCUCACCCAUGUUCCAUCGGGUUCCAGAGGAUCUCCAAGACCCAAUCAGGAUGAAUUCCUUUCAUUCAUGAAGGAAUUCAUGACACGAAGCCAGCAGACAUUGGAGCAGAGUCAACAGCAAGUGAAUCAGCUCAUCACUACACUCACAACUCACGCAAGUACCCUCAAUAAUAGUAACAAUUUGAGUAGAAAUGGAGAUGUAGUUUUGCAUGACUCUGCCCAACCCACAAAACUCCCCCAAAUUGCAAUGCCCACCUUCAGUGGAAAGUAUAGUGAGUGGAUUCCCUUUAAGGAGAGGUUCCAAUCCAGCGUCAUGAAACACCCUCACCUGUCAAAAGUCCAACAACUUGACUACCUCAAAUCUGCCUUAUCUGGUGAGGCAUUGUCCGUCAUAAAAAACCUUCCCAUUACUAAUGCAAACCUGGACGUGGCAUGGGAACUGUUGAUAGAACAGUUCGAGUUAAAGCAUGAAAUUGUCGCUGAUCAUAUUAGGACUUUCUAUAAUAUGCCAAGUAUCACCUCCAAUGACCCACAAUCCAUCCGUCGUAUAUCCAGUAUUUUAUCUGAAUCCAUAUCAGCCCUAGAUGCCAUUGAGGUCACAAAUCGCGAUCCGUGGCUAAUUCAGUAUACAUUAGACAAGUUGGAUUCAGAAUCGAGGGUUUUAUGGGGUCGGGAGUGCGGCAGCGAAAUUCCAACAAUGGAAAGGUUCCGAAAAUUCCUUAAUCAGCGAUGUAGAGAUGCCACAAACGCCACCAAUAUUUCCAAUAAAACCACUACCAAUAAUUCCCGCUCACAACCUACCAAACCAAAGAAGCAGGUAUCAGCCUUUCAUGCUUCUGCAGCAGCAUCAAAUUGCCGAUGUUGCAACGAGUCACCUCAUCCACUGUACAAAUGUGCACAGUUUAUUUCCAAAACACCUGAUGAGAGAUUCGAAGUAGUAAAGAAACUUAAUUUGUGUCGCAAUUGCCUGUCCCCACAUCCUACAAACACUUGUUCUUUCUAUAAGUGCAAGAAAUGCCAGGGGCGGCACAAUAUCCUGCUUCAUGAUAAAUUUGUGGGCCAGCCUCCAGCCGAUUCGCCGGCGUCCGAAAAACCGCCCACAAAUCCUAUUCCUGAUACCACACCCAAGCUCCAUUCUGAGUCAUCCGACCCUCCAAAAUCAAAGUUUGCCGUCACUCUUCCGGCUUCUACGGAUCCCUCUAAAAGCACCUCAACAGCUCCGAAAGUGCUCCUCGCUACCGCCACAGUUGACAUUCUUACGUCGGAUCACCAUAGAAUCCCAUGUCGAUUGAUGUUGGAUAGUGGUGCACAAGUGUGCAUUAUGACGACAAAUUUGUAUCAGAGGCUCAGACUUCCGAGAACCCCAUCGGACAUUACAAUCUUGGGUGUAGGUAGUCAAGUGAACCCAGUAAAACACAAGGUUACGGCAACCAUUUUCUCUAAAAGGAAUGAUCAGUCCUAUAGUUUCGAGUGUUACAUUCUCCCAAAAAUCUCAGGCAACAUUCCUAACUGGCCAAUUGAUGAACGUGCUAUUCAGAUUCCCUCAAAUGUUCCAUUGGCUGACCCAUUGUGGAAUGUUCAACGUCCUGUAGAUCUUCUAGUUUGUGGGGAUGCGUACUGGAGUAGUCUGUUGGCUGAUACCAUCAGUCUCGGAAGUGGUCUACCACACCUCCGGGAAACCACAUUCGGAUAUGUAGUUGUGGGUGAAUUAAAUCCGCCUCCUCCAGCACGCUAUGUUUGCCAUAAUGACGUCAUUUCCAUGAAUUCUAACCUGGAUGAGAUCUUACGAAAAUUCUGGGAAGUCGAAGAUUUGCCAGAUGAGCCUUCGGUCACAGAUCUCCAACUGGAAGCAGAGGCACACUUCGUAAAAACUCACACACGAGGUCCAGAUGGUCGAUUUGUGGUGAGACUCCCAUUUCGAGAGAGUCCUGAAUUAUUGGGAGAUUCUCGGCCACAAGCAUUCAGACAAUUUUUGGCACUCGAAAGACAAUUUGAUCGCAAACCCCAAUUCAAGGCGCUCUAUGUAGAUGUUAUGAGGGAUUACAUGAAUCGGAAAUGGUUGGAACUGGUUCCCCCUCAGGAUCUUGAAGCACCUUCAUUUUAUAUGCCACACCACGGGGUUAUGAAGGAGUCAAGUUUGACCACCAAGUUGAGGGUAGUUUAUAAUGCUAGCGCAAAGAGUUCAUCGGGUUAUAGUUUAAACGACCUGUUGUUGAUAGGCCCCACAAUACAACCCGAACUCUCGGUCAUCUUGCUUCAAUUCCGUCUCCGUCCUUUUGCAAUGACUGCGGAUAUUUCAAAAAUGUAUCUUCAACUGAUCCUGGAUCCUGAAGAUGCGAAUUUCCAGAGGUUAGUGUGGAGAGAAUCACGUGACCAACCCAUUCGUGAUUAUCGAAUUCCCAGAGUCUGUUUUGGAGUCGCCAGUUCCCCAUUUCUCGCUACCCGAGCACUCAUGCAAUUGGCUGAUGACCAUGAGGGAGAGUUUCCUUUGGCCAGUUCAGUUCUCCGCUCAAGUUUUUAUGUGGACGAUUGCAUUUUUUCUGCUUCUUCUGUUGAGGAAGCUAGGGAGACACAGAAGCAAUUAGUGGAAGUUCUUCUCCGUGGAGGCUUCCUCCUCACAAAAUGGGUAGGCAACUAUCCAGAACUGUGUCCGCAAUCUACUUCACAAUCUUCUCCUGAGACUGUGACCAUUGACUGUCCCACAACGAGUGCACUCGGAAUAACUUGGGACUCCCUAGCAGACGAGUUCAAAUUUCAAUCUCCAGUGGAAGUGUCUGAAGAUAUUAAAACCAAGAGAAACAUGGCGUCUGCCAUUGCAAAAUUGUUUGAUCCAAUUGGGUUGCUGGGACCUGUGAUCGUGGAAGCUAAAAUCAUGCUACAGGAUUUACACAGAAUGAAGUCGGGUUGGGACAAACCAGUACCUUUAGAGGUCCGGGAAAAAUGGAAGGCGUUUAUUAUUGGUCUCCAAGGAAUUAGGAAUAUUGCUAUUCCCCGUUGGAUUUCCAUUUUUCCUAAACCACUCCGCCUCGAACUUCAUGCCUUCUGCGAUGCGAGCAUCCGUGCAUAUGGAGUUGCAGUUUACGCUGUCACUCAAUGUGAAAACGAGUUCCACUCAUGUCUCCUUUUGUCAAAAUCCAGAGUAGCUCCUUUAAAGGAACUGACAGUCCCAAGAUUGGAGCUCUGUGGAGCUUUGUUAGCCACUGAAACGAUCGCUAAGUUCAGGGACGCUAUAAAACCUGAUGCUAUUCAAUUUUGGAGUGACUCAACAAUCGUACUCCAUUGGAUCAACAGCCCACCAGAUUCAUACAAACAAUUUAUUGCCAAUCGAAUAAAACGAAUUCGUGCAUUAUCUUCUCCGGAACAAUGGCGUCAUGUGGUGACCGGAGAGAAUCCGGCUGAUAUUGUCUCUCGGGGUCUAAGUCCAUCCCAACUCGAAAAGAGUGACUUGUGGUGGAGAGGUCCUGACUGGCUGCAGGAAGGAGAAUCAUGUUGGCCUGCACCAUUUCAUACAGCGGAAGUUGUUCCGGAAGAGGCAAGAUGUUAUCUAAUAACGUCAGUUCUCGAAAAUCAACUACUUGAUUCCUUGUUAGAGAAAUUCUCGUCCCUUGCUAAGAUCCAACGCAUUGUUGCCUAUUCAUUGCGAUUUGCCUAUAUUCGUGAUAAUCCAACUCCGAAGUCAGGACUAUCUGUGAACGCGGAAGAGAUGGAAAGAGCUUUAUUCUGUCUUGUCAAGUUGGACCAACAAAAGCAUCUCUCCGAAGUUUAUUCACGGUUAGCUGAUGGUAGGCCACUCUAUCCAGACUUCAAAUCAUUGACUGGUCUUGCAUUGUUCAUGGAUAGGAAUGGAUUGUUCAGAGUGGGCGGAAGAUUGAGAAAAGCUAAUGAGCCGUUCGUAACCCGGCAUCCAGUCCUACUCCCAAAAUCCAAACUUACCCUCAUAAUAGCACGCAAUGAACACAUUAAAGAGAUGCAUGCAGCCCCUACCCUACUACUUGCCUCCCUGCGACAAAUAUUCUGGCCAGUGGCAGGACGAAAUUUAGUGAGAAAAGUAGUGCAUGAGUGCUUCAAAUGUUACCGCAUGAAACCUAAACCGCUAGAUCAGUUGAUGGGAGAUUUACCGGAACAUAGGGUUAAUCUUUUUCGACCAUUUCAGGCCACCGGUGUUGAUUACGCGGGGCCACUUCAAAUGCUUUCGUCUGCAACCCGGGGAGCUCACUCACGAAAGACGGGCACUCAGAAGGUUUAUAUAGCAGUUUUUGUCUGUAUGGCGACCAAGGCUGCUCAUUUGGAAUUGGUCACCUCUUUAUCAACAGAGGCCUUCUUGGCUGCCUUGAGGCGGUUCUCGGCAAGACGUACUACCCCCAGACAUAUCUACUCAGAUGGUGGAAAGAACUUUGCGGGAGCCGCAAAUGAGCUGAGACGACUCUUAGCACAGGAGUGCUCUCAACAAGAACUAACCGAUGGCACGCAAGGUGAAGGCAUAGUCUGGCACUUCAACCCGCCAGCUUCCCCACACCAUGGCGGAUUAUGGGAAGCGUGUGUCAAAAGCACCAAAUACCAUCUUGUGCGUGCCACAGGCUCGUCCCCACUGUCGUAUGAAGAGCUCCAAACAGUUUUAUGUCAAAUUGAGGCAAUCCUCAAUAGUCGCCCUCUAUGCAUGAUGUCUCCUGAUCCCAACGAAGAGAGUUUUCUGACACCCGGACAUUUUUUAGUUGGUGUCCCUGGGAAUGCACCCCCCAAUCCAGAUCUGUCAGAGAUUCCUGAAAACCGCCAAACUUACUGGCAACUAUGUCAGCUGCGGGCUCAGGAAUUUGGAAGAAGGUGGCGUCUUCAAUACCUCAACACACUGCAGCAGAGACCUCGCUGGAAAAUCACCAGAGAAAACCUCAAAGCUGAAGAACUGGUCCUCCUACUAGAUGAAUCUAGCAAGGAAGGAUCCAAGUGGGUGUUGGGGAAAGUGGAGUCCCUGAACCCUGGGACUGAUGGAUUAGUUCGGGUAGCCCGUAUUAAAACCAAUCGGGGCAUAUACAAACGCCCUAUCACCAAAAUUGCAAGGCUUCCGCAAACAGACGAAGGAUUCCUUGGACGUGCUACAUCAUCAUCAGAUGCAUCAGUCCAACCCGGGGAGGAUGUUGGAAAUUAA